GAACUGUUUGAAGCUGCAGCUAAAGAUUCAUCAUUACAUUAUCCACAAAAGAAGCUACAAGUCCAAAACACUCCAACCACAACAUCUGGGCAUGAACAUCUUAAUAUCAUUCAAGUAUCUUUACCAGUUUGUAUUUCAGAUGGGGAUAAUGAGAAAAAAACAGGAAAAGUAGACAAAGCUCGCCAGUUAAGGGAACAAGUCAACGAACUGUUCAGCCGGAAAUUUGGUGAAGCCAUUGGAAUGAACUAUCCUGUGAAAGUUCCCUACAGAAAAAUUACUGCCAACCCUGGAUGUGUAGUAGUAGAUGGAAUGCCAUCAGGUGUUACAUUCAAAGCCCCCAGUUACCUAGAAAUAAGUUCUAUGAGAAGAAUUCUGGACUCAGGAGAAUUCAUUAAAUUUACAGUUAUAAGACCUUUUCCUGGAUUGGUGUUAAAUACUCAAGCACUGGAGGAGAGUGAAUCUUGGCCUUCUACAGAAACU